AAUUAAGAACAUUUUGAAACGAUAAUAUUCCAAAUUCAAAUUAGUGGUCGUCAGCGCCUCACACAUUUGACUACAAUCCUUUUGCAAUACUGUGAAUUGUUGCUGUUUAUUCGUGUGUUCGAAUUUUAAAUUUUACUUAUAUAUACCAUAAAUAAGCAAUAUAUUUUUUAUAAAGUGUUUAAAUAUUGAACUUGGAUUUGUUAUAUUUUAGUGUUGGAAAAAUGGGGUUUUUGGAAAGAGAUAUGACCAAUGCUCCGACGAUAACCGAUUAUUAUACCGGAAAAACCAUAUUCAUAACAGGAGGAUCUGGAUUUAUGGGCAAGGCGUUAAUAGAGAAGCUUCUGUAUUCAUGUUCUGGUGUAGACAGAAUAUAUAUAUUACUUAGAAGCAAGAAGGGAGUUAAAUCUGAGGACAGACUGUCUCAAGUGUAUGAAUCGUUUUGUUUCGACCGCUUGAGAGCGGAGAAGCCGAACAUCUUCACGGAGAAAGUGUUCAUUGUAUCUGGUGACGUAAUGGAACCUGGCUUAGGUUUAUCACAGGAAGACAGAGCUCUUCUAGUCAAUCGAGUGAACAUAAUCUUUCACGUUGCAGCCAGUGUAAGAUUCGAUGAUUCUCUGCCAUUCGCUGCCAAAAUGAACCUCGGCGGUACAAAGGAAUUGAUCGAUUUCGCAAAAGAAGUUCGAGAUUUAUCUGUUCUAAUGCACGUAUCGACUUUAUAUUCUAAUUGUAAUAGAAAUAAGGUAGAAGAACGCAUGUACCCUCCGCUGGCGGACUGGCGAGAGACCAUGCAGAUAUGUGAGGAAGUUGAUGACCACACAUUGCGUGUAUUGACUCCUAAAUACCUUGGGAGCAUUCCUAACACGUACACGUUCACGAAGCAGCUCGCCGAGCAUGUCGUGUAUGAACAGAGAGGUCUACUGCCGGCCGUUAUCGUGAGACCAUCCAUAGUUAUUGCAAGUGUUAAAGAACCUAUGCCGGGCUGGAUAGACAAUUUCAAUGGACCCGUUGGCCUUAUAAUAGCUUCUGGUAAAGGUUUGUUACGUAGUAUACACACGGAGCCGGAUCUCAUCGCGGACUAUAUGCCUGUGGAUAUAGCUAUCAAAAGUAUUAUAUGUAUGGCUUGGGUACGCGGAACGAAAAAAUUGGAGAUCACAGAUGAUAUACCGAUAUACAAUUGCUGUGCAGGCACACUCAAUAACAUUACUAUGUCGGAAAUGGUAGAGUUUGGUAGGAAGUUAGCACCAACGAUGCCCAUAAAUGGUGCUCUGUGGAGCGUCGGCGGCUCUAUAACGACUUCCGAAACGAAGCAUUAUAUUAAGGUUCUAUUAAUGCACUGUUUGCCUGCUAUUCUGGUGGAUACUCUACUGUGGCUUCUUGGUCACAAACCAAUGUUGUUAAAAGUUCAAAGAAGAAUUUAUAUAGCGAACAUGGCUCUCCGAUAUUUCAUAAUGCAGCAAUGGACAUUCAUAAAUGAUAAUAUAGUCAAACUCCGCUCGUGCAUCAAGGAGCAGGAUGUUGAAGAUUUCUACUACGAUAUGGAAUCAGUUGAUAAGCAUAUGUACUUUAGAGACUGUUGUAUUGGCGGGAAAAAGUAUUUAUUAAAAGAAAAGGACGAGGACUUGCCGAAAGCAAAAGCUCAUUACCGAAGAAUGGUGAUAUUGGAUAAAUUGGUACAAAUUACGUUUUACGGCUACAUUUUCUGGUGGUUCAUGAACACUGACUUCGUUCAAAGUUGGCUGUAUACGGCGCAGGAUAUUUUCACAUUAAAUAAUUAGUUAGUUUUUUAUUUCGGA